AUGAAGAUCGAUUCGCUUCAAACCCUUGCCCUUCAGUUGGAAGUGUUGGUCCAACUGAAAGAGUGUUUUUUGGUUUUUGAGGAGUUUCGGACUUGCGUCGCUGAAGCCCAGCAAGAUGGCCAUUGCGAUUCCAGUGAUGGUGACAAUGUUGGAGGUGCCGCGGAUCAGAAAAACAGACCCGUUCAUAGUAUCCUGGAUCCUCUGAUAUUUUCUUCUGAUGCACAGAAAAUCUUCAAGGGCCUUUCCUUGCUUGAAAAGAUUGUUGUCGCCAUUGAGGGCUCCGAAUUGUCAAACGUCAAAAGUGCAGUUGCCAAAGCAAAGAAGUACAGUUUCCACGUUGAAAAUUUCCUGAUGGCCGAAUUUAUCGAGGCAAUCCAAAAUGUGCCGAUGAACUUUGACUGGGCAAAAGUUGAUGCGUACCUUUCACUAGCCUUUAGGUCACCUUAG